CUCCUAACAGGCCAUUGUUUAAACAAUAACGAAUAAUCAUUUGCGCUCUAAAUUUAUCUGAGUCAAGUCCUGUGAAGUCGAUCAACAUUUUGGAUUAUGGAUUCGAUAAUAGCACUAGACGAUUCGUCUUUUGAUCUACCAAUUGAUUUGGAUUCACCCUACGCCGAUAUCUACCCUGAAUUUCCGGAAGAACCUAUCGAUCAGCUUAUAGAACGUGCUAAUUUACAGAUGACAGCUGCAAUAUCGAAAAUUGAAACAUCGUCAGCAACUGUUUUAUCAACUUUAACUAUUCGUGCAAUGGAAGCCGCUAUAGAAAGAGAAACUCCAAUCGAUGUAAUGAACGCCACUGAUGACGACGUAAUAUUCGUGGGUGAAGAGAAUACCGUUAUCAAUUUAUGCUCGCCAGAUAAAGGUCCCAGCACAUCCCGAUUGUUUCCGAAUCAAAAUAAUGACAAAGCAACCGUUACUGCAGCAACUAAAACUGUUCCACAAAGUGAUUCUAUGACAAAUUCCGUAAUGUGUGCCGUGUGUAUGGAGUCAUCGGUUGGCCGAGAGCCGCACAGUACGAAAUGUGGACAUAUCUUUUGUGGUGCGUGCAUAAAAGAGGCGAUCAAAAUAACCCGAAAGUGUCCGCUGUGUAAUAAAUUCCUCACUGUGAAAAACCUCAUGCCCGUCUUCAUAUGAGACCCUCAAAUUUUGUGAUGUUUCGACAGUAAUUAUUUUCUUUUCUAUGGCCGUGAAUUAAUAAUAGCUUAGUGGGUUAAUUGUUUUAUGGAUACAGUGGAUACUCAAUAACUGACGUGAUCAUUGAGCCUCGCAUUGAACGUGUGAUUUGCAGAGUAAAUAAAAUUUUGAUUUAAAAAAGAGAGC